CUCCCGUUACAGAUGGCCCCCAACGUCGAUGUCAGCAACUACCGCACCGGUGUCCUCUUCGACACCGAGGACACCCCCGACUACGUGGAGGUGAUCACCAAGGAGAAGCAGAUCAAGCAGGCCAAGCAGGCCAAGGCGGACAAGAAGAAGGGCGAACGCGAGCUGCAGCCCAUCUACUGGUCCAACGUGUACUGGUUCGUCGUCAUGCACGUCAUGGCCCUGUACGGACUCAAGCUCGUCUUCACUGACGCCAAGCUGCUGACCACCGCCUGGGCCGUGUUCCUGUACGUGAUCGGCACCCUGGGCGUGUCCGCCGGCGUGCACCGCCUGUGGUCCCACAAGGCCUACAAGGCCAGGCUGCCCCUGAGGAUGCUCCUCACCUUCUUCAACACCAUCGCCUUCCAAAACUCCAUCUGGGAGUGGACCCGCGACCACCGCGUCCACCACAAGUUCACCGAGACCGACGCCGACCCCGUCAACGCCGACCGCGGCUUCUUCUUCGCCCACGUCGGCUGGCUGCUGUGCAAGAAGCACCCCGACGUCACCCGCAUCGGCAAGACUGUGGACCUGAGCGACAUUGAAGCUGACCCCUGCGUGGCCUUCCAGAAGAAGUACUACGGCCCCCUGGUCUUCACCUUCUGCUUCCUCAUGCCCACCGUCGUGCCCACCCUGUGGGGCGAGUCCCUGUGGAACGCCUACUUCGUGGCCGCCAUGCUGCGCUACACCCUCUCCCUCCACGGCACCUGGCUCGUCAACUCCCUGGCCCACUACGUCGGCGACCGCCCCUACGACAAGUCCAUCGCCGCCCGUGAGAACCUCAUCGUGUCCCUGGGCGCCCUGGGCGAGGGCUACCACAACUACCACCACGUCUUCCCCUGGGACUACAAGACCGCCGAGCUGGGCGUGUACUCCACCAACCUGACCACCGCCUUCAUCGACUUCAUGGCUCGCAUCGGCCAGGCCUACGACCUCAAGUACGUCAACCAGGACAUGAUCAAGACCCGCACCCUGCGCACCGGCGACGGCACCCACCCCGUCUGGGGCUGGGACGACAAGGACCUCACCCAGGAGGACAAGGAGCUCGCCAAGCACGACUAAGCCAACACCGCUGCUAAUUUGUGAGUUAUUUUGUUUAAAAAGGACUUAGCGCCGCCAGUCUGGCAUCGUCAUUGUGCGCCUCCCCGCUUGGUGCGGGGACGACAACAGUCCUUCGACUGAAACUAAGGAAAUAGUCAAUAAUUUGUUUAUGAUCCAAAGAAUCAAAAAGAAUAGAGAGCUGAUGGACGACGAGCAUCUUGCCUUCGUCGGGAAAAGCAUCGCAGAGACUGUCAUUCGCUUUCCGCGAAUUUCUUUUAUUUAAUAGUAUGCUUAGUUUAAGUAUCUAACUUAUUGUCAUAUUCAUUGAACUUUCACUAAGUAAUAUCAGUUGGCGUAUAUGUUUCAAGUGAUACAAUUGUGAUAGAAGGCAAACUGCAUUCACUUAUCAUGUAAGAUUUAAGUAUACCUUGACACCUGUUUCAUUCUUCACUGCACCUUAUUUUGCUAUAGAAAUAAAUGAACAUUUUCUAUGGUUAAAGAA